AUGUCAUCCAACAAACUGACGGAUGAGGGCAAAAGAAUGCGAAGAGGAGAUGAAGAGGGUGAGAAGGAGGACUUUAAGAGAAGCAGAAAUGUAGAUAGAACGCCAAUAAAGGGAAGUGGAGUCGAAAUGAAAGACGAGAUGAUGGAGAUACUAAAACAGUUGGCCUUAGACGUGAAGCAUAUUAAAAGAAAUCAAAGAGUUUAUGCAGAAGAGUUAAAAGAAUUUAGAGCAGAAAAUUAG